AUGCCAGCGCCACCUGCUUACAUUGUGGAUGGCAGCUUUGGUGCCCAGCAGGAGGGCUGGACGGACGGACUCACAGACAACAUGUUUCGGCGAGUUUGUUUGGAAACCUGCGGCCGCCCAGCCAGAGAGAGGAAAAACUUUGGGAGAGAGGGGUGAGACAAACAGAAACAAGAGAGAGAAAAAGGGGGGCUUGAUUUUUCAGGAGUCUCACUCGGGCUCAGUGUCUGAGUGGUGAGACGUGCGACAAACAGUGACCUGAAAUGAUUGGCAAGUCUGUUAUAGGCUGACAAAAAUCCAAGUGCGAAGAUUUUCUGUGGGGAACGGCUGUGGCAAUAAGCCAUUUUAACACGAAAUUCAUCAUAUAUUCAAACAGCAAUAUCCAACUCAAACCAACAUUAUCACACCAUAUGAAACCGUCUGACCAGUAAAGGAGAGCUGCUACUGCUUUGGCCGAUAUGCACGCUAACAUUUCAAACCUGUGGGAAUGAGAAAAGAGGUGAUUUCCCAAAGCCUCCCACUUAGAGUGAACUCUUCCUCCACCAUCAGCAUACAGAGUCAGCACCCUGGCAUGACUCAUAACAAGUGAUACAACCCUGGGAGAAAUAAACAUGACAUCAUCACUGCCGCCAUCAUCACCCAGCUUUUCUGUACCAUCAUCAUCAUCUACCUACCACGACUUCCUGAGAUGAGCGAGCAAAGCCUGGUGGGGGGAUGAAGAUGCUGAAAUAGCUCACAUUGUACGCCCUAUUUUUAUGACUUAUUGGAAAGCUAUCCGAGGGCAGCAGUGAAGCAUGUGUGUGUGUUUUUCCCCCAAGGCGAGGGUGAAGAAGGUGUUAGCGAGAGAGACGAGAGCGAAGGGACCGGAGGGGAAACCACCUGCGGAGGAAAGGAGAGCAUCGGGGCCGGAGAAGAUGAAAGAGGGAGGUUUUGAAAACUUCCUUCAAAGCCCCACCGAAAAGGUAAAAAAGUAUCCCGGAAGACACAGAAAACCGCACACUUGCUGUAUCUAGAGGUAAAACAUCCGGUGUCAGAGGAGUUUCUGAGAAGGCACAUCUGACUCUUUUAUUUUUUCACUCCUCUCUUCGAGGGGUUUCUUUUGUUCUCACAACAGCUCCCAUACAGGAAGCCAGGGCGGGAGAUGAACAUGAAGUAG